AUGAAGGUUCUGCUGCUCAGUGUUGUCCUUGGUCUGCUUUAUGCAGGCCACGGUGAAGCUCAGCUACUUCUCAAACCGUUUUCAGGGGAAUGGAAAACCCAUUACAUCGCAGCCAGUAACAAAGACAAGAUCACUGAGAAUGGGCCAUUCCACAUUUACGUACGUCAUGUUGAGUUUCAUGCAAAUGACACAGUUGACGUCGACUUUUAUGUCAAGUCAGACGGAGAAUGUGUCAGAAAACAAGUCACAGGAGAAAAGGAAAAAACUUUAGUUUAUCAUAUUGCAUAUGCGGGUCAAAACAAAGUUAAAAUUCUUCGACUGUCACUUGACACCAUAAUAGGAUCUAUUCACAAUGUGGAUGAAGAAGGAAAAGAGACAGAGUUGGUUGGAAUACUCGGCAAAAGUGACCAGAUUUCAAACAGAGACUAUCGAAAGUUCAAAAAGGAGACGCGUGACAGAGGGAUUCCAGAGGAAAAUAUCGUGAAUUUCAUUGAUAAUGAUGACUGUCCAGCGGAGUGA